GGCAAGUUGAUCAAUGGCGUGCUUUGAUUGGUCGAUGUAAAAUGGGCGGAGUUAAAGGAAGGGCACAUGGCGGAUUUUGGAAAGUUGACAAAUUUUAUCUCAAAAUUUGACAUGUGAUUUUUUGCAUAUACACUGCAUGAUGAACUAUUUGUGAUCUGUUUAUAUAAUAAAGAGAUGGAUGUAGAAUCUGACAGUCUAGAUGAACAACCUUCACAUUCAGAUGACCAAAAUAUAAAGACUGAACCUUGUGAGAGUAAAAAGACUGAGAGGCCGUCCUCUGUUAAUAGCAAAGAAAAUGCUGAGAAGGAAAAUAAAGACGGCCUUGGGGUCAAGGUCAAACGGAAAGGUCGUAGAGGAAGGUCAUCAGGGUCACUUACCAUGAAAGGAGAUAAAAUUACAUCAUUCACAACAGAAAGAGGCAUUACUUACUCACCAAAUGAUCAUGUUUACAUAGAAAAUAACAGACAAAACAACGCAUACUUCAUCUGUGCGAUACAGGAUUUCAGUGUGGUAAAGAGGGACACAUUGGUUGUGAGAGUAAAGUGGUAUUACAGAGUUACAGAAGUACCGGAUAGUGUCUACCAGCAUUUAGUUCAAGAUAGAUAUACUCAAAAGAUAGAGAGUGAUCACCCUUUGGCAAACCCUUCUGUAAGGUCCAGGGAAUUAUUCUGUUCUGAAGCCACAGACACUUAUCCUGUGACUGCACUCAGAGGAAAGUGCCGAGUUGUACACUGUAACAGUCUUGAAGCGGCGCGGUCAUUCAAGCCGGCCGCUGACACGUUCUAUUGUAUUCUUGGUUAUAAUCCAGAAACCAAGAGGCUGGCUACCACACAAGGCCAGAUCCGGGUCGGGUCUAUGUAUCAGGCUCGAAUGCCUGAAUGCAAGCCCAAUGUCCCACCCAAUGAGAUGCCAGAACGCAGUGAUGCCCUGGAAACAUUCCACUGGCAGCCAAAAGGAGUUCUUGAUGGGGACCUUAUGAUGUACCUUAGGGCUGCAAGGAGCGUUGCAGCAUUUGCCGGCAUGUGUGACGGCGGGUCAACGGAAGAUGGAUGUCAGGCUGCACAGAUGGAUGACACAACGAUGAACGCCAUGCACAUGCUACACAAGUAUGAAUAUGACACUGGCAAGGCCCUACAAGCACUGGUUAAAGCCCCAGCACUCCGUACCAUAGAUAAAAAAUGGAACGAAGAAGAUACUAAACGUUUUGUGAAGGGCCUGAGAGUGUACGGGAAGAAUUUCUUCAAGAUCAGGAAGGAGUUGUUGUCUCAUAAGGAAACGGGUGAACUGGUCGAGUAUUACUAUUUCUGGAAAAAGACUCCGGCAGCUGCCGCCAACAGACCACAUCGUCGGCACAGACGUCACGGUGUCAAACGUGCAACAACAAGGUCACAACGACCUGCUAGUAGCGAAUUCUUGGACCUGAGUUCCGCCAGUGAUUCAGAGAAUGAUUCCGAGGACAGUGAUGGUUUAACUGGAUACAGAUGUCAGAACUGUCUUGUUACUGUUUCCAAGGACUGGAGUAAUGCUGGAAAACCAAGUCCUCGAUUAUGUUCAAAAUGUCGCAUAUUCUUCAAGAAAUACGGUGUAGACCGACCGGUAAACAGUCCCGGAGAUUCUCCAUACUUCCAGCCAGUACGAGAUGGGGACAUAAACGCCACCCACAAUAUGCUGACUCGGCAAAAUAGGAAUUCAACUGAUUCCAAAGAAAAUAAAAAGAAAGGAACAAACAGUGUUAGUAGUUUAGAUAAUUUAGACAGUCCUUCAAGUGAUUCAAAGAAAUCCCUCGUGCCCUCAUCACCCUCGGCCCUCAGUACAUCCAGCAAUUGUAGUACCGAUAGAGAGAAAAAGAAACGAAGGAGUUCUGAAGGCUCAGAUAAAGAGAAGAAAAGACGUCAUCCAGCAUCUGAUUCAGACGAUAAAUUCUCAAAGAGAAAACGUGCGGGUCCGUCUGACUCGGAAUCAUUAUCAGACAGCAGUAUAUCCGGUGCUGAAGAAACUCAAAACGAGGCUGAUGAAAAUAAUCAAGAUGAUCUAACAUCUAGCUCCCCACCCACUAGUCCAAGUCCGGUAGAAUCUGAUAAGGAGAAACUGCCGGCACCAAUUCCGGUUGAAAGUACUAUAAGUGGUGAUAAACUGGCUGAGUUACCUAGACCGGAACCUCAACAUCCGUCACCUAAUAGACAGCCAAUAGAAUCCACACCUAUAUUGUCACCGACCGGUAUACAAACGCAGUUACCUUCAGUGUCAUCUCAAAUUACUCAAGGAUUUGUUCCAUUACCGCCAUUACCAGCAUUUGCAUUUAGACCGCAAUACACUCCUACAGCAUCCUUGUAUCCACAACCACCAUUUCCAGAAACUAUUUCAUCCAAUCAAAAACUUUCCGAAGCAGACGACACACAAAACACGUCUGCUGCAACUGCUGCUGUGUCUCCACCUGGUGUAGACAACAGUGAAUCAGGGGAAACUACUGUGAUAUCUGUUCCUAAAGUGAAAGAGGAAGUGAUUACACCUCCUCCAUCGCCGGAAAAAGUAUUUAUUAAACAGGAACCGCAAGACAACUUCAUGCUUAACGCAAGUCAAAAUGUUGCUAGUGCAAAACCUAAUAUGGACAGCUUUGCUGCCACUAAAGAAAUGGGCCCAAUAGUGACUCCUAAGCUUGAGCCUGGGCUCAGUAAUUCCUAUCCUAGUGCAAAUGAGUUUCCUUCAGGUUCUAAUAAUAGUAAGAUUCAGACUGAAACAACCUUGACCUCGCAGGCAGAGGUCGGAGGUCAUACGGAACUUAGAGAAGGUCAGGGAGAGAAAGUUGAAUGUCAGGAAAGUGAACGACCAGAAGUAGAAAUAAUGGAAGACACUGAUUCUGACAGGGAGGGAACAUUGACCCCAGGGCCAGUGCCUACCCCAUGUAACAAGGAAAUCCUCAGGAGUAAAACUGCCAUAUUUAUAAAGUUAUUGAAUCGUGGUGAACAUAAUUCAUGUUCAAGAUGUGAUCUCAUGUUUAAACCAUUUCCCGACUCCAAACUGGCAAAGAAAAGGGAAGAGCGGGAAAAGAAACCUUUGUCUGCAGUGUCAACUCCAGCAAAGGAGGAAGUUAAGAGAAAAACAGAGUCGCCACGACCCAGUUCUACGUCGGACGCCCAGGUUAUCAGCAAUGUUCCAACGCCACACCACAUCCAUGCCGACCGAGUCACACCGCGGUCAUAUCCUGACACGCCAGCGCUGCGUCAAUUGUCAGAAUAUGCUAAACCGCAUACGUUGGGUAUGUACCAAGAUACAUUCGCUCAGUGUCGUCAAGAUCCUAGAUCUAUGCCAGGUUACCUAGGUUACCCGUUCAUGGACCCUAUACGUAUGGCAGCGAUGUAUCCACCAAACUCUAGAGAAAGAUUGGAAUUGGAACUGGAAAGAGACAAACGAGAAAGAGACGCUCGUGAACGGGAAUUACGAGAGCAUGAGUUACGGUCCUUGGAAAUGAGGGAGAAAUUAAAGGCAGAGAUGGAAAUGAAGCCUCCAGGUUUAGAAAGAUUACUUCCUCCUGGGGCCAACCCUCUAGAUCCUCAUUGGUUAGAGAUACAGCGUAGGUACGGCCCACACAUGUUUUCAGGCGGAUCAGGCUCCUCCCAUCUUCCAGGCAUCUACCCGCCCACCAGUAUUGCCUCAGAUCUCAUGGCCAGAGAGAGGGAGCGUCUAGAGAGGCUUGGAAUACCACCUGGUCACCCAAUGCUCGGAGAAUCUUCAUAUACGGCAGCCAUGUUGGAAAGACUGGCCGCGGAGAGGAUGUCGGCAGAACGGUUGUCUGCAGAGAGGUUACAAGCCGAGCGUCUGGCCAUGCACGAUCCUAUGAUAAGGCUUCAAAUGUCCGGUAAUGCAUCGGCGGCGGCUGCUGCAGCUGCGGCGGCAGCAGCUCACGCUCAUACCCACACACACGCACAUUCCCAUACCCAUCUACAUUUACACCAACCUGACGGACUACCAGGACCACAUGGAGGACAGCCGGGACUUCCACCUUCGUCACCUUUACACCAUCCACUGCUUCAGCCCCAUCUUUUACAUCCGCUCGGACCAGGUGCUGAUCCAAUGUCUGGUGUUAAUGGUAGCAACCAGACGCCGCCAGGCUCACUUGCAUCACUUCCUGUAGGUGUACCACCCCAUUUACUGGCUGCCGGCAGGGAGCAGGAGUUGUUACAGAGUGAUCUGUACAGACGGGCUUACUCGGACCCAGCACUCGCUCAACAGUUACAAGCCCAUCAUGAGGCCCUCCAACGCAUGGCAAUGGACAGGGAGAGAUUCGGAUCUGGCCUUCCUCCACCGCACUGAGGGCGAUAACCUGGGUGUGUGCUAACACUGUAUUUAUAUACAAAAUCUUUUUGGUGCAAUAUGUGACAAAUUUACACAAUUGUUGUUUUUUUUACGUACUGGAAAUACAGACUGGGGUCCACAAAAACAAACUAAAUCCCAGACUGGUUCCUGAUGUGUUAAACCAAGACAGGUGUUCAAAUAAAAACAUAAACAACCAAGAUUGGUGUUCGGAACAAGAAAUUUAACAGUGGUGUUCAGAAAAUGUAAAAACUGGGCAUGUGUUCUAAAUAUUAAAACACUGAACAGGUGUUUGAAAUACGAAAAUACCGAACUGGUAUCCAAGGAAUAUUAAAAAGACUGGUGUUCAAAAUAUAUGAACACCAGGUUGAUGUUCGAGUGUUCAUGGAUAGGUUUGUUUCUGGAACUGCUGUGCAGGGGGGAAAAUGCAAAGUAUUUGUUCUACAAAGUGAUGUAUUAGAACUAAAAUGCAAGAUUUGUGUCGUUUGUAGUAAUAUGUAAAAGUGAAGGUCGUAAUUUUUGAACACAUACUGUCAUUUGGUGUAAAGGGUGUGAACAAAAAGACUGAUGUGUUCGGAAUGUCAGCAAACUAUUUGAAAGGCAGCUCUUAACAUUAUUCUUAGAUUAUGUGCUAGAUUAUUAGAACAAAACAAACAAACCCAGGAGGUAGA